GCCCCUCUGCUGACAGCACUUCGAAACCGAAAAACGUGCUGCACGUUUGCCAUCGGCACAAGAACCACAUGCCAAACGAAGCGCGGUUGUCCGGCUUUCCAUAGCAGUAAGCUUCUCGUUCAUCUGCAAACUAUCCCACACCAGGACUUUGAUGUCUCCUACUCCCUGGAUCCCGAACCAGUAUCCGACAGCUCGACGCUCUGAUCUUGUCGACGUAUACAAUAGUGACACAAACGGACAAGUUCGCGUCCACGAUCCCUACCAGUGGCUAGAAGAUCGUGGACAACAAGAUGAGUUUACUCGGGCGUACUUGAACAGGAACCAAUAUCGUGCCGCAUUAGAGAAGGAGAUCAGAACCAAUACCGACUACGAAAAGUUCACUGCGCCAUCGUUCAGAUUCGAUAGGCGAUGGUACUGGUUCUGCAACAGUGGCCUACAGGCUCAGCCAGUCCUUUAUCGCUCCAAGGGUGACGCACUUCCUGACUUCUCCGAGGGUGGUUCAGGAGGAGAGGUAUUCUUCGAUGUACGUGAAUACUACUCGUAUGGCAUAUCUUUGUUGGCAAGCUCCCCUUUAAUGGAAUUUUUGCGAUCUCAUAACCAAGCUGCCACUUUCCAGGGCAGUGAUUUCUGCACGAUCUAUGCCCGCCGCACCAGUGAUCCUCUGGCGUCCGCAGAUGGGGGACGCAAUGAUCGUCAUGCGAAACGAUUGUCGGAGGAAAUCCGAUUUGUCAAAUUCUCUGCUAUCACUUGGACGCAUGACUCAAUGGGAUUUUUCUACCAGCGCUUUCCCGACCGUGAGUCUCAUGGUAUCACUCCGGAGGAUAAAGCGAGGAUCGAGACCAUCGACGAUAAGAAUGCAAUGGUCUACUACCAUAAAGUCGGGACCCCACAAUAUGCCGAACACCCGGAGUGGUUGUGGGGGGCUUCCGUGUCUGAACUGGAUGGGCGCUACCUUUACAUGAGUGUCAAGAGGGACACUGCCAGGAAAAAUCUGCUAUGGGUUUGCGACCUUCAGGAGAGUGCAAUCGGUCCAAACAUGAAAUGGGAGAAGUUGAUCGACAACUUUGAUGCUAAAUAUCAAGUAAUUGCGAACAACGGGACGAAAUUGUACAUCCUUACCAACGAGAAUGCACCUCGGUACAAAGUCAUCACCGUUGAUCUGGCAGAUCCGAAGUGUCAGCGCAAAGACCUAAUUCCAGAACAAAAGGACGCUUUCCUCGAUGAUGUGACAGCCGUGGGCAAGGACCACUUCGCCGUCGUCUACAAGCGCAACGUCAUCGAUGAGAUAUAUGUCUACUCCCUGGAUGGACAGCGCCUUACCCGACUUGCCCCCGACUUUGUCGGCACCGCCGAGGUUAGCGCUCGUCGCUCUCAAAAUGAUUUCUUUGUCACCCUUACCGGAUUCACCAAUCCUGGUAUUAUCGGUCGGUACAACCUGAGUGAAGCGGACGACGGAAAGAAAUGGAGUGUAUACCGAACGACGCAUGUGAAGGGGUUGAAAGCAGAGGAAUUCACCGCUGAACAGGUUUGGUACGAGAGUAAGGAUGGCACCCGGAUCCCAAUGUUCCUCGCAAGGCAUGAGAGCACCAAAAGGGACGGGACUGCUCCGGCCAUCCAAUACGAUUUUGGCUCAACACACUUGACUACGGUAGGUUAUGGAGGUUUUAGCAGAUCCGUAAACCCUUCUUUCAGUCCGGCAAUUCUGAAUUUCCUCAAGUCAUACGGAGCUGUAUUUGCACUGCCAAACAUUCGUGGAGGAGGGGAGUUCGGUGAGGUGUGGCACGAAGCGGGUAUCCGAGAAAAGAAGAUCAACGUGUUCAACGACUUCAUCGCGGCUACUGACCAUAUCAUCAAAACCAAAAUAGCUGCCCCGAGAAAGGUUGCCAUUAAUGGCGGCUCUAAUGGAGGUCUUCUCGUCGCCGCGUGCGUAAAUAUCGCACCGCAAGGCACCUUCGGGGCAGCCGUUGCCGAGGUCGGUGUCUUGGAUAUGUUGAAGUUUGCAGAUUUCACCAUCGGCAAGGCGUGGGUAUCUGGCUACGGUAACCCACACGACCCCCACGACUUUGACUUCAUAUAUCCUAUUUCUCCACUACAUAAUGUUUCGGCAGACAAGGUGUUGUCGCCGUUACUGCUGAUGACGGCCGAUCAUGACGACCGAGUUGUCCCUCUACAUUCAUUCAAGCACGCAGCCACACUCCAGCAUACGUUACCUCAAAACGCUCACCCCCUUCUCAUUAGAAUCGACAAGAAAGCUGGACACGGGGCCGGUAAGGGUACUGAGAAACGGUAUAUAUUCUCUCGUUCUUGUGGAGUGUCAAGAUGGCAGUGCUGAUCCCAUGCGCAGGAUCCAGGACGCAGCAGACAGAUGGGGCUUCGUGGCCCAGUCUAUGGGUCUGAAAUGGCAGGAGUCUUGUGAUAUACCCUCCGAAGUUUUUGGUUACUUGGACGAAGCUGCCUGUGGAAGGAGU